GAAUCGAAACUGUGCUGUGAUCCAUGCAGCAGGAACCUGAGCCCGCCCGAUCUUCGGGUCCCCAGCAAGACCCCGCACUGCCCCAUACGCCCACCAUGCCUCCCCCGGAGCCCGUCUCCGAAGGCCAUCAGCCCAGCCCCAGCCACAGCCCUGCGGAGCAAGCCAUGGAGGAGGAGUUCCAGUUCCUGCGCUGCCAGGGCUGCCAGGUAGAAGCCAAGUGCCCCAAGCUGCUGCCUUGUCUGCACACGCUGUGCUCAGGAUGCCUGGAGGUGCCGGGCAUGCGGUGCCCGAUCUGCCAGGCGCCCGGGCCCCUAGGCGCUGACUCGCUCGCCCUGGAUAACGUCUUCUUCGAGAGUCUACAGCGGCGCCUGUCAGUGUACAGGCAGAUCGUGGACGCGCAGGCCGUUUGCGCCCGCUGCAAAGAACCUGCGGACUUCUGGUGUUUCGAGUGCGAGCAGCUCCUCUGUGCCAAGUGCUUCGAGGCGCACCAGUGGUUCCUCAAGCACGAGGCCCGGCCCCUGGCGGAGCUCCGCGGCCAGUCAGUGCGGGAAUUCCUAGACGGCACGCGCAAGUCCAACAACAUCUUCUGCUCCAACCCCAACCACCGCACCCCUAUGCUGACGAGCAUCUACUGCCGAGGCUGCUCCAAACCACUGUGCUGCUCGUGCGCGCUCCUGGAUAGCGGCCACAGCGAGCUCAAGUGCGACAUCAGCACCGAGAUCCAGCAGCGGCAGGAAGAGCUGGACGUCAUGGCGCAGGCGCUGCAGGAGCAGGACCGCGCCUUCGGGGCGGCGCAGGCGCGCAUGCGCUCAGCCGUCAGCCAGCUGGGCCGCAUGCGCGCAGACACCGAGGAGCUGAUCCACACGCGCGUGCGCCAGCUGGUGGCGCACGUGCUGGCCCAGGAGCAAGUGCUGCUGGAGGGGGUGAACGCGCAGUACCAGCGCACCUAUGAAGAGAUCGCCGGCCAGCUGGGCCGCCUGGAAGCUGUGCUGCAGCGCAUCCGCCUGGGAGGUUCGCUGGUACAGAGGAUGAAGCGCUACGCCUCUGACCAGGAGGUGCUGGACCUGCACGGCUUCCUGCGUGAGGCGCUCAGCCGCCUGCGCCAGGAGGAGCCCCAGAACUUAAAGACCACCGUGCGCACCGACAGCUUCGACGAAUUCAAAGUGCGCCUGCAGGAACUGGUCUCCUGCAUCACUCAGGGGGCAGAUGCAGCUGUACCCAGGCGAGCCAGCCCAGAGGCUACCAGCACUCCUAAGGAUUGUUUUGACAUUGACCCGCCAGAGGAGACGCAGAGGGCUCAGGCACAGGCCCCGGGGCUGGCUGAGACCCAAACUGUGACUUUGGUUCAGCCAGUGCCCGGGGUACACCCAGUGCCGGUUCAUGCCUACUCCAUCAAAGACUCCUCCUGCAGAGAGGAGGUCUGCAACACAGUCCUGCCCCAGAAGAGGAAGUCCUGCCAGACUGAGUGCCCCAGGAAGGCCAUCAAGAUGGAGUCUGAGGAGGAGAGGGAGACACGGUUGGCCCGGAGCUCCCCCGAACAACCCAGGCCCAGCACCUCCAAGGCAGUCUCGCCACCCCACCUGGAUGGGCCCUCCAGCCCUGAAAGCCCCAUCUUGGGAGGCGAGGUCUUUCUGCCCAACAGCAACCACACAGCCGGCAACCCUGGGGAGGCAGAGGAACGCGUCGUGGUGAUCAGCAGCUCAGAAGACUCAGAUGCUGAAAACUCGUCCUCCCGAGAGCUGGAUGACAGCAGCAGCGAGUCCAGUGACCUCCAGCUGGAGGGCCCCAGCUCCCUCAGGGUCCUGGACGAGAGCCUCGCCGACCCCCAAGCAGAAGACAGGCCCCUGGUUUUCUUUGACCUCAAGAUUGACAGUGAAACCCAGAAGAUUAGCCAGCUGGCGGCCGUGAACCGGGAGAGUGAGUUCCGCGUGCUCAUCCAGCCUGAAGCCUUCUUCAGCAUGUAUUCCAAGGCCGUCUCCCUGGAGGUGGGGCUGCAACACUUCCUUGGUUUUCUGGGCUCCAUGCGCCGCCCCAUCCUGGCCUGCUAUAAGCUGUGGGGACCUGGCCUCCCCAACUUCUUCCGGGCCCUGGAAGAUAUGAACAGGCUGUGGGAGUUUCAGGAGGCCAUCUCGGGCUUCCUGGCCACGCUGCCCCUCAUCCGGGAGCGGGUGCCCGGGGCCAGCAGCUUCAAGCUCAAGAGCCUGGCCAAGACCUACCUGGCGAGAAACAUGAGUGAACGCAGCGCCCUGGCCGCCGUGCUGGCCAUGCGAGACCUGUGCCGGCUCCUCGAGGUCUCCCCAGGCCCCCCACUAGCUCAGCACGUCUACUCCUUCAGCAGCCUGCAGUGCUUCGCGUCCCUGCAGCCGCUGGUGCGGGCGGCCGUCCUGCCCCGCGCCCAGGCCCGCCUGCUGGCCUUCCACAACGUGAGCUUCGCUGAGCUGCUGGCCGCACACCGCCGUGACCCGCAGCAGGGCCUGCGGAAGUACAGCCGCUACCUGAGCCUGCCCCCCGCCUCGUCGCCCCCCACCCAGCGCGCUGGCCACCUGCAGGCUCUGAGCACCUACUUCAGAGGCCUGUCGGAGGAGCCCGUCUCCGCCCGGGCAGAAGGCAUCGCCAACCCUGUCGCUGGCCACAGCUUGGCAGACAGGGCUUGUGUCCACCCCACAGCCCACGUGUCCCCAACCCCUGUGCCUACAGGGGUGGUGCUGGAGCUGCUCUCAGACUCAGCCGAGCUGGAGCGGCUCUCAGACUCAGCCAGCAGGGGGCGCUGCAGCCCCGCCUGGCCCUGCGAUAAGGCGCAGCUCCAGUAG